AUGAUCCCCGUGUCCCUGCUGGUGUGCGUGCUUGCCGGCUGGUGCGCGGUGUACCUCGCGGACACACUGCUCAAGUCGUCUUCGGCGCAUCGGAUCAGCUACGAGUCAUGGCUGGCCAGACGAGGGUUGAUGCUGUCCCCGUUCCACAUUAGGUGGCAAACGACCAUUUUCAACCGACUGUUUGCGUACUGCGCCCGCAUUCACCCGCGAGCGCUCUACCUGUGGUUCAACAGUGGCCUGGCGUUUGGCGUGGCGGCCAUGUUGGCGUCGGUGGUGCUCCUGGUGAAGACGCUGCAGCAGACCCUCGCUCAGAUGACCACCGACAAUCCGCGUAUUGGAGCCCAACAGGCCUUACAGGUGGUGGUUCCUGGUGUCAACCUGCCUACUAGUCAUCUUGGCUACUUCUUCCUUGCUCUCCUGCUCAGCGGCGUCAUACACGAGUUGGGCCACGCCGUUGCGGCGCUCAGGGAGCAAGUGCGUGUGAACGGCUUCGGCAUGUUUGUGUUCGUGGUGUACCCCGGCGCCUUCGUGGAUCUCUUCACCACGCACCUCAACAUCGUGUCGCCCGUCCAGCAGCUGCGCAUUUUCUGCGCAGGCGUGUGGCACAAUUUUGUACUGUGCACGUUGGCGUUGGUGUUCCUUUUCCUGUUGCCGUUCGUCCUCUUCCCGUUUUACUCCAGCGGGGUCGGGGCGUUGGUCACCGAGGUGGCGCAAGGAUCGGCGGCCGACGGGCCGAGGGGGCUGUCGGCGGGCGAUAUCGUCACAGGAUUGGAGGAGUGUCCCGUGGCGAGCGUGGACGACUGGAACGAGUGCCUGGCGCGGUUAUCCCGCGCGCCGCAGACAGGGUACUGCGUGCCGGCUGACGGCCUACAACCCAGUUGGGCUCACGGACGAGCAUUCAAGCGCCUGGACGGAACAAUGGACUGCUGCAGCAAUAACAGCCUGACUGACCUCUGCUUCUCUUACAUUAAACCAGGCAGUGCCGACAGAGAGGUGUACGCGUGCAUGCCGGUGCGUAAAAUGGUGACGGGCACGCAGGUGUGCCGCAGCGACCGCGACUGCCACGCUGAUGGCGUCUGCGUCACGCCCUCGCUACAGAACCAAACCCGCUUCAUCCGAGUGGCGCACCCGCCCGCCGCCCACAUGCUCUUCGUGGGCUACCCGCCACAUCUCCAGCACGCCGUGAGCCUGACCAACUUUGUGCCUCGCUUUGGUUUUCUCCACUUGGACUUGCCUGUUUUCUUAGAGACUUUCUGCAAGUACGUUUUCUCCCUUUCCGGCGCCUUAGCGGUGGUCAACUCUGUCCCCUGCUUCGCAUUGGACGGUCAGUGGAUGCUGAACGCUCUCCUGGAGGCCACCCUGGCCAGCGCGGUGCCGGAUCGGCAGAAGCGCGAGCUGAUCGGAUUCUUCCUGCUGUUGGCCGGCAGCGCUUUGCUAGCCGCUAACGUGGCGCUGGGCCUGUGGAUGGUGACGGCGCGCUGA